GCCAUCCGCGACAUGACUAAGAGCUUGCGGGCGGAGAAGGUGAAAACAGAGCCGGACAGUGACAGGCCGCCGGCGUUGUCCGGGAAGAAGAUAAAGCAAGAGGAGGCAACGUCGAAAGAGGGACCUCGCCGUUCUGAGCUGAGCAGCCUGCCUCUUGAUGACCGUAUCGGCUCGGCGUCCUGCCGGUGUUCCCCGCCGGGCUUUGGCCCCACCCCACGGUACUUUCCGGUGCCCGAGCCCUACGCUAGUGGUGAGGAAGGCGCUGCCGGCGCGACUGACUGGACGGCCCCGCGGAAGUUGCUGGAGAGCGUUCUCACACCAUCACAGAAGCGCGAGUUGACCGAAGCUAAACCAUCCGAUGUCUUCGCGUACACCCACUCAGCAUUGCUCCAGGUAUAUACACAGCAAAUCGCUCCAUGCUAAGUGCCGACAACAUUGUCUUCCGCUGUUAUCUUUGCGUGAUUUGUUGCUUGUGGGUCGACGGUGACACCAUGCAGGCAGCGAACUGCGUGGCUUUCUCUGUCGACUACAAGAUGAAGCUGGAGGAGAAGCUGGCGGCGCUAGAGCGUGACGCUGCCAAAACUAGAAAAGCACCAAAACUAGAAAACAUCUUCAAUGUAAUAAAAAUUACAUAGAGGUUUCUGGAUUACUGAACGACCAAACUGCAACCAGAACGAGCCUCUAACAAGGUACUGUCAUCGUUCCCCAGUUGAAGCCGGCCCGAUCUUGUCGAU